AUGAACAUGAUUGAUGUUCAUCAUCAUUUUCUUCCACCAGCAUAUGCCCACGCAUGGCAGGAAUCAGGCCAGAUCCCAUCCGGAUUGGCAUUACCAUCGUGGAGUGUCGAUGAGGACUUGUCAUUUCUCGACCGCCAGGGGAUUCGGACAGCCAUCUUGUCUUUAAGCGCUCCUGGGGUUAGCAUUGCUGGAUCCCCAGAACGGGCAAAGAAUCUUGCCCGCGAUUGCAAUAACUACGCAGCGGAAAUACAUAGGACACAUCCGGACAGGUUCGGGUUCUUCGCAACACUUCCAUUGGAGAACAUGAACGACUGCUUUGAGGAGCUGCUAUAUGCGCUCGAUGAACUCGGGGCCGAUGGUGUAACGCUAUUCACAAGUUACGCAGGGCUGUAUCUCGGACAUGAGUAUUUCAAACCACUCUGGGAAGAGCUCAACCGACGCGCAGCAGUCGUAUUCAUCCACCCCGUCUCCGUGAUCAACCCCGGUCCACCACACAAUUUAGCGGUCCCUCCUCCUAUAAUCGAUUUCCCCCACGAGACUACAAGAGCUGCGGUGCAUCUGAUCACGUCCAAUACGAUCCGCGACAAUCCUAAUUGCAAGAUUAUCCUAUCACACGGUGGAGGUACGUUGCCUUAUGUUGCUACGAGGAUUGCGAAUGCAACAGCGGACGUAGGGCUUAUCUCUAAGACGGCUGAAGAGUUCUUGACCGAGGCCAAAUCGUUCUACUUUGAUCUCGCAUUGACCAGCUAUGAGGAUCCUAUUCGCCUUCUUUCUAAUUUCGCAACUCAUGGUCAUAUACUCUGGGGUAACGACUUUCCCUUCGCUCGGGAGAAGACAGUGCAGGGACAGUUGGAUGUGCUAAACAAUGUCACUCUGGAACCAAACUUUCGGCAAUCAAUCAUUGAUAGUGCAGCUCUGAAGCUCUUUCCGCGCCUAUUAAAUAGCUUGCGUUAG